UCCCGUCUCAUUGAACUCUUCUGCAGUUUUCGGGAUUAUUGUGGUUUUCUUCGUUGUCCGGGCCAGGCCUACACGCCAGCAACCAUGUCGAAGGGACCUGCCGUUGGUAUUGAUCUUGGCACCACCUACUCUUGUGUGGGUGUUUUCCAGCACGGAAAAGUAGAAAUAAUUGCCAAUGAUCAGGGAAACCGAACCACUCCAAGCUAUGUCGCCUUUACGGACACUGAGCGAUUGAUAGGUGAUGCCGCAAAGAAUCAAGUUGCAAUGAACCCCACCAACACGGUUUUUGAUGCCAAACGUCUGAUUGGACGCAGAUUUGAUGAUGCUGUUGUCCAGUCUGAUAUGAAGCAUUGGCCGUUUAUGGUGGUAAAUGAUGCUGGCAGGCCCAAGGUCCAAGUAGAAUACAAGGGAGAGACAAAAAGCUUCUAUCCAGAGGAGGUAUCCUCUAUGGUUCUGACAAAGAUGAAGGAAAUUGCAGAAGCCUACCUUGGGAAGACUGUUACCAAUGCUGUGGUCACAGUGCCCGCUUACUUUAAUGACUCUCAGCGUCAGGCUACCAAAGAUGCUGGAACUAUUGCUGGUCUCAAUGUACUUAGAAUUAUUAAUGAGCCAACUGCUGCUGCUAUUGCUUACGGCUUAGACAAAAAGGUUGGAGCUGAAAGAAACGUGCUAAUCUUUGACCUGGGAGGUGGCACUUUUGAUGUGUCAAUCCUCACUAUUGAGGAUGGAAUCUUUGAGGUCAAGUCUACAGCCGGAGACACCCACUUGGGUGGAGAAGAUUUUGAUAACCGAAUGGUCAACCAUUUCAUUGCUGAGUUCAAGCGCAAACAUAAGAAGGACAUAAGUGAGAACAAGAGAGCUGUAAGACGCCUCCGUACUGCUUGUGAGCGUGCUAAGCGUACCCUCUCUUCCAGCACCCAGGCCAGUAUUGAGAUCGAUUCUCUCUAUGAAGGAAUUGAUUUCUAUACCUCCAUUACCCGUGCCCGAUUUGAAGAAUUGAACGCUGAUCUGUUCCGUGGAACCCUGGACCCCGUAGAGAAGGCCCUUCGAGAUGCCAAACUAGACAAGUCACAGAUUCAUGAUAUUGUUCUGGUUGGUGGUUCUACUCGCAUCCCCAAGAUUCAACUAGAAAAUUCCCAGGCAGAGGAGCUCCACGGUUGCCAGUGCGGCUCUUUGGCCAGCGCGGCUGUGCCGGUUGGCACCGCUGCUUUGCCCCGCGCGGCUGCUUUGUCAGCGCCCCGAGCAGCAGUUCUCCGUACAAAAUACACUGGUCCUGGUGCCCUUUUGGCUGGCGAUUGGAGCCACGGGAAAUCUCACGUUCGCCGGUUCAAAAAGGGGACUGAGCAGAGAACCAGGACAGUAGAUUCCAGGGCAAAAAAAAAAAAAAGCGCCACAAACCUCAGUGCCGCUGUUUAA